AUGGAUAGAAUUUUAUCAUUUAAUGAUAAACUAAUCAGUCUAUUUAAUAGUUUGGAUGGUAGAGAUAAAGUAUUUAAAUUUGUUCAAUACUUUUCAAAAAUAAUAUAUUAUUGUGUCGAAAAAAAAUAUAUAUAUAAAAUAAUCAAUAUAAUAUUCAAAAAAAUAAUAAUAACCAAUAAAAAUAAACUUUUUUCACCAAACAUAAAUAAUAAAAUUAAUAGAAAUCAAUCUAUUAAUAAAGAAUACUUUAAAGAAAAGAUAGUAGUAGAGAAGCUCAAAUCACUAGAGACAUCUUUGUACGACGCCAGAUCAGUCUUUCGUUUGUUUGGGUUUUUUAGAGAAUUUAAAAAUGUAGUGGAAUACUUUAAAUCAAUAAACUUUAAAGAAAUAUAUAACUAUAGUAACAAUAAAAGCAAAAUUAUAAAUCUAGUUAAAUCGCUAAACUCAUUUACAAACAUCAAAAAAUCAUUUUUAACAAUUUUAGAGUUACUCGAUUUAUUCUUCAGUUUUGUAUCCGAAAUAAACGAUAUAGGAUUUUGGGCUAUUAGAAUUAAACUGUUUCAAAUUAAAUAUUCCUUUUUUUAUAAAUUUAGCGAUUUCAUUUGGAUUUACAGUUUAGCGGUAUUUAUAUUUAGACUUGUAUAUGGUUUGGUUUUAACUCAAAUAUCAAUUUUAAAACACGUCAAAGAUAAUAAUAAUAAUAAUAAUAAUAAUAAUAAAGAAUUAGAAAUAUUGAAAAUAAAUAGAAAAAAUGAAAUUAGAUCACUAAUAAGUGCUAUUGGUGAACUAGGUUUAUGUAUUUGUAGUAUUUACGAAAUUGACAACGAUUUAAUCAUUGGUUUAUCAGGUUCAGUUAGCGCCUUUAUUUCAUUACAAGAAAUUUGGAAAGAAAUAUGCAUUGAAAAAGAAAAUGAAGAAAAUGAAGAAAAUAUUAAAUCAUCACCAGAUACCUCAAUUUCAAGUAAUAGCAAUCAAAGUAACAAUACUUCCUCCCCAAUAUUAGGUUAUACUCAUGCUCAUGUUUGCCCACCUCAAAUCCAUAUCCACAGUAAUAACUAA